CAUCCUUCAAUUAUGUAUCUCCCUAUAUAUCUUGCCCCACCAUUUGUUUCCUUCUCCCUCAACGUCUCCUCCUUCAUAAUUCAUCUACACCUAUACACUACUACAGUACUCCUAUAGUCCCAUCACAAAAAUGGGCACGAUUUCUGCUGAGCAACACAAGCUCUACCCCUCUCGCCAAAUUCUUUCUCCCAAGAAACUCUUCAGAGAUCUUGAAAUUCCACCAAGAACACUCCUUACAAGGAAGACCCAUCAAGAAACCCUGGACGUGUCCCCAUAUGAGACUAAUCUCCAAGAAUUCCUUCCGUACAAUGACUACAACAAUGAAAUAGAUAUUGAUGACGAGUUAGAUCCAUACUCUUCUGAUCAUUUCCGCAUGUAUGAGUUCAAAGUUCGUCGCUGUACACGCAGUCGUAGCCAUGACUGGACCGACUGCCCCUUUGCUCAUCCGGGCGAAAAGGCUCGUCGGAGAGACCUUCGUAGGUUUCACUACUCCGGAGCUGUCUGUCCUGAAUUUAUACGUGGAGGGUGUAACCGUGGAGAGAACUGUGAGUUUGCUCAUGGUGUUUUUGAGUGUUGGUUACACCCUUUUCGUUAUCGAACUGAGGCUUGCAAAGAUGGCAGGAAUUGUAAGCGAAAGGUUUGUUUCUUCGCUCACUCGCCUCGCCAGCUUCGCAUUUUGCCUGAGGGUUCUUCACAUAGUAAGACCUUGGGCUCUUCACCAUGUUCAUCUCUCAAUCAUGGCCAUUGUUGUUGUGCUGUUAGCCAUUCUAUGACUUCUUCUCCAACCUCUACUCUCCUUGGCAUGUCCCCCUUGUCGCCGCCAUUGUCACCAUCACUGACACCGUCUCUUUCUCCGGUGAAACACCAAUCCUUAUCUGGGUUUUCGCCGAUUUCUCGAUAUAGCGAAAGGUUAAGCAAAUUUAGGGCUGGAGUUGUGAGUUACGAAGAUGUGUUUACCGAGCUUAUGAGUUCUUUAGAAGCAACGAAUUUCAAUGAAGCAGCUGGUGUUUCUUCACCUAUGUCCUUGUAUCCUAAUCACAAAAGGAAUGUUAACAACACUCCAAGGAAUAUUGAUGUCUGUUUCGAUGGAGAAGAUCAGCCACAGUUCAUUCUUUCACCUUCAACUCCAACCCCUUCAUCAAGUUUUUUCAAUAGAGAUUGCUCAAGCAAUAAGGGAUUAUUCAUCAAUGAUAUUCACAAGAUUAAUGAACACAAUAAUGGUGGUUUGGCUUGUACUCCUGAUCCUGAUCUUGGAUGGGUUAAUGAGCUCUUGAUGUAGAGAUGAUGAUGACGACUUGUACAGACAAGUCAGGCUUGAAGCAUCACAGCCCCAGCCGUAUAUGUGCAACUUUAUAUAUGUGUGGAUUUGGUGUAAAUUGUUGUUACUAUUGUUUUCUCUCUUCAUCGUUCUUGAUUUUCACUUAGAUGAUGAAGAUCAUGCUGUUGUUAAAUAAGUCUUGUAUUUUGAAGUUUCAAUUAAGUACUCUGUUCUUGAAGUUUCAAUUAAAUAAGUCUUGUUA